AUGACAGCAUCUACGUACUUUGGAUUAUACGUUACAGUAAAAAACACUUUGGAGCUGAUUCAAUAUUUGUCGGAAAAAUUGAAUUAUAAAUACUUAAUGACAAGACAAUUAAACCAAGAUGCUCUGGAACAUUUUUUUGGACACAUGAGAGGAGCCAGUGGAUCCAACUCUCAUCCAGAUUCAUUGUUGUUUGUUCAAGUUUAUAGGCUUCUAUCUGUGUACUCAUUGGUUAAACCAAUACGUGGAAGUAAUAUUACAGGAAGUGAAUUACUAUCAACCAUAAUUUCCUUAAAAGAUUUGGUUGGUGAGGAACAUAGGCACCUUAUGUAA